AUGCCGAGGAAGGACGUCAUCGUUAAUGGUAUGGCAAAAAGUAUCAUCUUUUUGUCCAGGGAUCUGAUGGAUGGAUUCUAUCAGAUCCUCAUGCGUGAGCGGGACAUCCCUUUCACGGCAGUGAGCACCCUCAGUGGUAUGCUAUGGGAGUGGCUAGUGAUGAAUCGUGGACUAAGUAACGCCCCUACAACGUUCAAAAGAUGUGUAAACAAACUGCUGCGAUCGGUGCGCAACUUUGCUCCGAGUAACUUUGCCGAUGGCUUCGACCAUAGCCGGGCUAUCGAUGGAAAGACGGACGUAGAGGCUUAUAGAAUACACGUCCGGAAAGGUCUUAAUCUAAUGCAAGAGCAUAAGCUGUUCGCGAACCUCAAGAAGUGUAUAUUUACAGUGAACGAAAUACCACUUCUAGGUUGCAAUGUAGGCAAAAAAGGCGUGCCCCCUGAUCCGGAAAAGAUCAAGGUGAUUAGCGACUGGCCUGUGCCAGUCGACGUCAAGGGACUUCGAAAGCUCCUUGGCUUGGCGGCGUCCUUGCACAAGUACUCGCGCAACUACGCCAAGAUGACCGUACAUUCUCUCUCGUCUACUAAAGAAAAACGAGAGGUGGUCAUGGAGUGCUGA